CUCCGACCGCCAGCUUUGCCUACCAUUUUCCACCCACAUUACCGCGCCGUCUCUUCUCCGCCCUCUAUCCUAUAUAGCAGCUCCUCUUUGGUCCCCAGAACUCCUCAAUUCUCGCUUUUCGCUAUGGCCUCGGGAUACGAUCGAGCUCUGUCAGUCUUCAGUCCCGAUGGACACGUUUUCCAGGUCGAGUAUGCCCUGGAGGCCGUGAAGCGAGGUACCUGCGCUGUCGGCGUGAAGGGCCACGAUAUUGUCGUGCUCGGAUGCGAAAAGCGAUCUGCAAUGAAGCUCCAGGAUACCCGAAUCACGCCGUCGAAAAUCUGCCUCGUCGAUACCCAUGUCGCCCUUGCCUUCGCUGGCCUGAACGCUGAUGCCCGCAUUCUGGUUGACAAGGCCCGCUUAGAAGCCCAGUCGCAUCGUCUGACCGUCGAGGACCCCGUUUCGAUAGAAUACAUCACAAAAUAUGUGGCCGGUGUGCAGCAGCGAUAUACGCAGAGUGGUGGUGUGCGGCCGUUCGGAAUCAGCACUCUGAUUGUUGGCUUCGACCCCAAUGAUGAGACCCCUCGCCUGUACCAAACCGAACCCUCUGGUAUCUAUUCUGCAUGGAAAGCAAAUGCCAUCGGCAGAUCCAGUAAGACGGUCCGCGAGUUCCUCGAGCGAAACCACAAGAGUGAUAUGGACCGAGAGGAGACCAUCAAACUCACCGUCAAGUCACUGCUGGAGGUUGUGCAGACUGGUGCUAAAAACAUAGAGAUCGCGGUCAUGGCCCCGGGCAAGACCCUGGAAAUGCUGCCCGUGGAGGACAUUGAGAAGUACGUGGAGAGCAUCAACACGGAGAAGCAGGAGGAGGCUGCAAGCAGGAGGCCAGGGCGCACCCCCGGCACUGGCACUGCCGCAAUUCUCACGCGGCCAUCUGGCGAGGCAUCUGGGUCAUAGAGGGCGGUGUUCGGGGAUGGGAAGGCACAUGAGUAGCAUCGGCGUCCAGGUGAUGUAGACCUCUUGGGAUCUGUACAAUACCAGACGUACUGGCCAGUCAAUAUACUGCAUAUCUGGCGCACUCCCGGGCCUGGUUCUAAAAGUGUAGUCGGAUCUGAUUCUGGAGC